AUGGCGGCCGGAAAUGACGCAGCAACAUUUCAACUGGUAAAGUCCAGAAUGAAAUUAGUGAAGCUUCUUAUAGCUGUUGCAGGUAUCUUUGCUAUAUCCUGGUUACCAUUCUUUGUGAUGCUGCUUUAUGCGAGCAGCAGCAGCAGUAGUAGUAGCAGCAGCAGCAGCAGUAGUAGUAGCAGCAGCAGCAGUAGUAGUGGUAGCAGCAGCAGCAGUAGUAGUAGCAGCAGCAGCAGUAGUAGUAGUAGUAGCAGCAGCAGUAGUAGUAGCAGCAGCAGCAGUAGUAGUAGCAGCAGCAGCAGCAGCAGUAGCAGCAGCAGCAGUAGUAGUAGUAGUAGCAGCAGCAGUAGCAGCAGCAGCAGCAGCAGCAGCAGCAGUAGUAGCAGCAGCAGCAGCAGUAGUAGUAGUAGCAGCAGCAGCAGUAGUAGUAGCAGCAGCAGCAGUAGUAGUAGCAGCAGCAGCAGCAGUAGUAGCAGCAGCAGUAGUAGUAGCAGCAGCAGCAGCAGCAGUAGUAGCAGCAGCAGCAGCAGCAGUAGCAGCAGCAGCAGUAGUAGUAGCAGCAGCAGCAGUAGUAGUAGCAGCAGCAGCAGUAGUAGUAGCAGCAGCAGUAGUAGUAGCAGCAGCAGCAGUAGUAGUAGCAGCAGCAGCAGUAGCAGUAGCAGCAGCAGCAGCAGCAGUAGUAGCAGCAGCAGCAGCAGCAGUAGCAGCAGCAGCAGCAGUAGUAGUAGCAGCAGCAGCAGUAGUAGUAGUAGUAGCAGCAGCAGCAGCAGUAGUAGUAGCAGCAGCAGCAGU